UUAAUUUGUACACAUUCUCGAAACUAGGUUUAUAAUUGCCUAAUUGAGAAAGUACUAGAACUCCAACCAAGAUGCAUCGCUCGCUUAUAUUAUACCUAGUUUUCUGUUGUUCUCUAGUUCAUUUCAGCAAUGCGUGCGGUAAAGAAUAUAAACCCCAGGUCGAUGAAGCCGUCUUGAUGGUCAGAUCGCUUGAAAUCACCAUGAAAGACCUCAUGGCGAUCAUCCCCAACCAGAUCUACAACAAUGGAAAACUGGAACACUGUCUCAGCAGACCUAGGACAUUGUUGAUGAAACUUACAAAUAACCAAUGUUCGGAAGAGGAGGAAAUGCUGUAUGAAAAUGGGGGAAAGGGGAAAAGACCGUGGACGGUGCAUCCAUUUUAAAUAUUUACUUUUUGAAACUGAUGUUUCAUGAACCGUUUAUAAUAUUGGUAUUUGGCUAGUACAGUAUGUAUUACCUAUUAUAUGUAUUAACCUAAAAUAUAGAAAAUAUAAAAAAUAAAUUUAAA